GGUCCGCCGGGCCGCCGGGGGGCGCCGCGGCGCGCGGCGCGGGGUGAGAGGUCGGGACGAUGGCGGCGGCCUUGGGCGAGGAGGCGCCGGACAACGAGGACUACUACGGGCUGCUGAACGUGCGCCGUGAGGCCUCCCAGGAGGAGCUGAAGGCCGCGUACCGCCGGCUGUGCAUGCUCUACCACCCCGACAAGCACCGCGACCCCGAGCUCAAGGCCCAGGCUGAGCGCCUCUUCAACCUCGUCCACCAAGCCUAUGAAGUGCUUAGUGAUCCACAGACCAGAGCCAUCUAUGACAUAUAUGGGAGGAGAGGACUGGAGAUGGAAGGCUGGGAGGUUGUGGAACGAAAGAGAACUGCAGCUGAAAUCAGGGAAGAAUUUGAGCGUUUGCAGAGAGAGAGGGAAGAGAGGAGACUGCAGCAGCGAACUAAUCCAAAGGGAACAAUUAGUGUGGGAAUAGAUGCCACUGACCUGUUUGAUCGCUAUGACGAGGAGUAUGAAGAUGUGCCUGGGAGCAGCUUUCCCCAGAUUGAGAUAAACAAAAUGCACAUAUCCCAGUCCAUCGAGGCACCCCUGACUUCCACAGAUACAGCAAUACUGUCUGGUAACCUUUCCACCCAGAAUGGGAAUGGAGGGGGAUCAAUUAAUCUUGCACUGAGACGAGUGACAUCUGCCAAGGGCUGGGGAGAGUUGGAGUUUGGAGCUGGAGACCUUCAUGGACCUCUCUUCGGGCUGAAGAUAUUUCGUAAUCUUACACCAAGAUGUUUCAUCACCACAAACUGUGCCCUGCAGUUCUCGUCCCGCGGGGUCCGGCCCGGCCUCACCACGGUCCUGGCCCGCAACCUGGACAAGAACACCAUGGGCUACCUGCAGUGGAGGUGGGGCAUCCAGUCAGCCAUGAACACCAGUAUUGUCAGGGACACCAAAACCAGCCACCUCACUGUGGCAAUGCAGCUGGGAAUCCCCCAUUCUUUCAUGAUGGUCAGUUACCAGCAUAAGUUUCAGGAUGAGGAUCAAACACGAGUGAAAGGUUCUCUCAAGGUGGGUUUCUUUGGGACCAUAGUGGAGUAUGGAGCAGAGAGGAAGAUCUCCAGACACAGUGUUUUAGGAGCCACUGUCAGCGUUGGUGUUCCCCAAGGAGUGUCCUUGAAAAUCAAGCUGAAUAGGGCCAGCCAGACCUACUUCUUCCCUGUCCAUCUAACAGACCAGCUGCUUCCCAGUGCUGUGUUCUAUGCCACCGUGGGACCUCUCGUUAUCUACUUUGCCAUGCACAGGCUGGUCAUCAAACCCUACCUCAGGGCACAGAAGGAGAGAGAGCUGGAGAAGCAGCGGGAGAGCACAGCCAGCGACAUCCUACAGAAGAAGCAGGAGGCUGAAGCUGCAGUCCGGUUAAUGCAGGAGUCAGUCCGAAGGAUCAUUGAAGCAGAGGAAGCCAGAAUGGGUCUGAUUGUAGUGAAUGCCUGGUAUGGGAAGUUUGUUAACGACAACAGCAGGAAGAACGAGAAGGUGAAGGUUAUAGAUGUGACUGUGCCUCUGCAGUGCUUGGUGAAGGAUUCUAAACUCAUCCUUACAGAGGCCUCCAAGGCUGGUCUGCCAGGCUUCUACGACCCCUGUGUGGGUGAGGAGAAGAGUUUGAAAGUGCUUUAUCAGUUCCGAGGAGUUCUGCACCAAGUGAUGUCAGCUGACAACGAGGCCCUUAGGAUACCAAAGCAAUCUCACAGGAUCGAUGCCGACGGCUAAUCCGGGCAGCGCGCAUCCCUGACGGUACCUGGGUCAACAGAAACCGCCAAACCUCCCCCGGACGCUGCGAGUUUGAACAGAGACACUUUUAUUUUUACUGUCUGUACAGCAGGCAGUGUCCUGCUGGUUCUGUUAGGGACAAAAGGACAGACCCUGCUGCUCCAGGCGGCUCCCAGGCAAUGUCUGAGUUGUGGCUCGGUACCCAAUAAAGCAGCGUGACUCUGA